AUGGGUUCUGAGAAUGUUUUCAGUGGUUUUUCUCAGUCUCCCAACGCUCUUUCUCCGGCUUCGGGGCCGGCCCAAAGCCCGCUUUACCAGAUUGUUCAUCACGGCACCGCCGCCGCUUUGGAUAACGGUAGCGGGGGGGUUAACGGUGAUCAGGCGGGGGAGGUUUCGAGGGGGAGGAAUGCGGCGGUGAAGGACCGUCACACGAAGGUUAACGGGCGGGGACGGCGGGUGAGGAUGCCGGCGCUCUGUGCCGCUCGUAUCUUCCAGCUGACGAGGGAGCUGGGCCACCGCACGGAGGGGGAGACCAUCCAGUGGUUGCUUCACCAGGCGGAGCCGGCGAUCUUCGCUGCCACGGGCACGGGAACUACCCCGGCGUCGGCGGUCACCACGUCCCAGUCCGGCGCCAUCAUUGCUUCCCGGCCGCCGCCGCCGCCGCUGGCCGGGAUGGCGCCGCUGGCGGGGAUGAGCCCGCGGGUGCUGCCCUUGCCUAUCCCUUCUUCUCCGUCCUUCGGCGCUAGUAUGUACGUGGCGGCGGCGGCGGCGCCGACAAACCGGGUGCAUCAACUGUCGGUGCCUUGCCUGGGCAAUGGCGGAGGCAGGUACAUGCAGGCGGCGGCGGCGGCGAUGCCGGAGGUGGGGUUGUUCUCGAUCACGCGGCCGUGUUGCCGGUUCGAGAUGAUCCAGCCGUCAUCAGCACAGCAUGAUUUCUCAGGCAACGGCGGGCGGGACAUGACGUUCACGUCGAUGCUGACGCAGACGUCGCCGGCGAUGAAUGAGGUGGAAGGGGAGCCCUAUGAAGAUAUUGGGAAGCAUUAG